AUGCCGAUAGUUGCUUCCCAGCAGCUUGUUCAGCUUCGUACGCUUCGUACUCACGUCCGCGCGUUCAGCUGCGAGGGUAUCAAGACGUUUGGUGACGAUCUUUUCGGGCCUGUCACGCUAGCUAGAUUCUCAAACUCGUUCCAAGACGAGAGCAAUAUUGAAAUGGCGUCCGUUAAGGCGCGUUCCAAGGUCGUUUCCAUCGGACGGACUCCGUUAGUGCAUCCGUUGGACCCGCUGAGUCCCGCCGAGAUCUCUGUCGCCCUUGCGACGGUCCGCGCCGCUGGAGCUACUCCCGAGCUGCGGGACGCGAUCCGCUUUAUCGAGGUGGCUCUUAACGAGCCACCCAAGGACGUGGUCGCCCUGGCAGACGCCUACUUCUUCCCGCCUUACCAGCACUCGGACGCAGUGGAGUAUGCAGAGUGCGAGGCAGCAGUGAAGGCACACCCGCCCUUUCAAGAGGCGAUGAGGCGACGAGGUGUCGAUGACAUGGACCUAGUCAUGGUGGAUGCGUGGUGUGUGGGAUAUUACUCUGAAGCGGAUCACCCCAAUCGUCGCCUUGCCAAGCCGCUCAUCUUCUGCCGAAGCCCCUCUGACUGCUCCUUGGACAAUGGAUACGCCAGGCCCGUGGAGGGCAUAUACGUGACGUUGGACCUGCAGACCAUGGAAGUGAUCAGGUGCGACGACAGGGAGCUCAUCCCACUGCCACCGCCCGACCCGCUGCGCAACUACACGCCCGGGGCGGACAGGGGGGGCGUGGAUCGCAGCGACUUGAAGCCAAUCAAAAUAGAGCAGCCAGAGGGGCCGAGCUUCCGAGUGAAUGGAUACGCUGUGGAGUGGCAGAAGUGGAGCUUCCGAGUGGGGUUCACGCCUAAAGAAGGCCUGGUGCUGCACUCACUGGCGUACGACGACGGCAGCAGCGGCAGGAGGGGCGUUGCGCACCGGCUGAGCUUCUGCGAGAUGGUGGUGCCGUAUGGCGACCCCCACGAGCCCCACUACCGCAAAAACGCCUUCGACGCCGGCGAGGACGGGCUGGGGAAGAACGCGCACUCGCUCAAGAAGGGCUGUGAUUGUCUAGGGUACAUCCGCUACUUUGACGCGCACAUGAGCAACUUCCUGGGCGGGGUGGAGACGAUAGAGAAUGCCGUGUGCAUGCAUGAGGAGGACUUUGGCAUCCUCUGGAAGCACGUCGACUGGCGCUCGGGGCACACAGAAGUGCGAAGAUCUAGGCGGCUGGUGCUCUCUUUUGUGUGCACAGUGGCCAACUAUGAAUACGGCUUCUUCUGGUACCUCUACCAGGACGGCAAGAUAGAGGCACAGGUGAAGCUGACAGGCGUCCUAUCAGUGGGAGCGCUGAGGGAGGGCGAGGAGAGGAGGUACGGCACGCUGCUGGCGCCGGGGCUGUAUGCUCCCAUCCACCAGCACUUCUUUGUGGCUCGCAUGGACAUGGCUGUUGACUGCCGCCCGGGGGAGCAGGCUAACCAGGUGGUGGAGCUGAACGUGAGGAUGGAAGGGGAGGGCCCUCACAACCCGCACGCGAAUGCCUUCUAUGCGGAGGAGAGGGUGUUGAGGACAGAAGGGGAAGGGAUGCGAGACGUGGAUCCCAUGUCUGCUCGGCACUGGCUGAUCCAAAACACUCGGGCAGUCAACCGGGCAGGUCGUCCCACCGCCUACAAGCUCGUGCCAGGAUCCAACUGUCUGCCCUUUUCGCAGCCCGAGGCGAAAUUUCUCCGCCGGGCAGCUUUCCUGAAGCACAACCUGUGGGUCACGCCGUACCACCCGGAGGAACGGUUUCCGGGCGGCGAGUUCCCGAACCAGAACCCCAGGGUCGGCGACGGGCUGUCCUCGUGGGUGCAGCAGAACAGAUCAAUUGACAAUGCUGACGUGGUGCUCUGGUACGUGUUUGGCCUCACUCACGUUCCACGGCUGGAGGACUGGCCAGUAAUGCCCUGUGAAUACCUCGGCUUCUGCCUCAUGCCACAUGGUUUCUUCAACAUAUCUCCUGCUGUUGAUGUUCCGCCUAGCGAACCUGAAAAUGCUGCUGAAGCAGGCGCUUCUGUUUCUACACCUAGCACUAGCAAAGAGGGGAGUGACUGCUGUGGUGGGACGGCUCAGCCGAGCCUCUCGCAGAUGCCGCGUAGUGGGAACGAGGAGGGUAGUACCAGUAACGGCCUGCGACCCGCGGGUGACACUAAUGGGGCCGCGCGUGACACAAAGGGGGUUGAGAAGAGAGACGAGCGCGGCGGGAGUGUGGGGAGUGUGCGUAACGUGGAGGAGAAAGAGGUGGUGAAGGAGGGACGAGAAAAUACUCGCGAGGUGCCUCGCAUAACGACUAGUAUGGUUAGAGCGAGGGACCAGGAGGACGCGAAAGGGGGAGAGUAUACCUGUGAGGCGGAGGGGCGCUGUGAGGAGAGCUUUGAGGCGCCUCACAGAGAGAGUUUCAAGCCCGAGGGGAUGACCGCGGCAGAGGACCCCAGAUGCGAUUCCGAGAGCAGGACCGCAGCAGAGGACUCCAGAGAAGGCCCUUGGACGGGAGAAUCUAUUCCUCAAACACACCUGCAAGGCCAGGAGUAUCGGCCUGGAGCCCAUGGGCUGGAGGGACUCUCGAUUUGGGAGCAGUAUGAGAGGGAGUUUGGCGGUUACCUGCAAGGCUACAGGUUCUCCCAUCCUACUGCCGCUGCUGCUGCUGGUGGUGGUGCUGCUGGUGCUGCUGGUGCUGCUGGUGCUACAGCCACCGCUACAGCCGGCGGGUUGAGUGUGGAGGAAUUCAGGGCUCUGGAAUGCCCUCAGCUGAAAGGCUGUGUCUACCUCGACCAUGCAGCAGCAGCAGUAUACACACGCUCGCAGGUCGCAGCAGCUACACGAGCCCUCACUCGCUCCCUCUUCUCCAACCCUCACAGCUCCAGUAGCAGCAGUGCAGCCACAUCAGACGCGAUUGAAUCACUCCGCAUGCAGGUGCUCGCGAUGUGCAACGCGCCUCCCUCCCAGUACGCAUGCGUCUUCACCAGUGGCGCCACGUCAGCACUCAAAACGGUCGGCGAGGCAUUCAGAUGGGCGGGCGGCAGCGAGCUGGCGAUGACGGUGGACAAUCACAACUCGGUUCUAGGCAUCAGAGAGUAUGCGCUUAGAGCUGGUGCUACAGUGUCCGUUGUUGAUAUUCGCUAUGAGGAUGACUAUAUGGGGGAUGAGGAUGACGAAGAGGAGGAAGAGGAGGAAGAAGGGGGUGAUGAGGAUGAGGAUGAGAUGAGGGUAAAGGAGGAGGCAGUUAAGGAAGAAAAGGGAGGAGAGGAUGAAGAACAGGAGGAGGAAGAAGAAGAAGCAGAGGAGGGGGAAGAAGAAGAAGCAGAGGAGGUGGUGGAAGAAACAGAGGAAGAGGAGGAGGACGAUGAAGAGGAGGAAGAUGAGGAGGAGGAAGAGGAUGAAGAGGAUAGGAGGGCGGGCGUGAGGUUGGGUGGUGGGAGGAAGGUCCGAUUGGCACUGCGUGGGAGAAGGAGCAAACGUAAAGCAGAGGAGGAAGAGGAGGAAGAAGAAGAGGAGGAGGAGGAUGAAGAUGAGGAGGAGGAGGAGGAGGAGGAGGAGGAGGAGGAGGAGGAGGAGGAGGAGGAGGAGGAGGAGGAGGAGGAGGAGGAGGAGGAGGAGGAGGAGGAGGAGGAGGAGUUGGAGGAGGAGGAGGAGGACGAGGAGGAGGAGGAGGAGGAGGAGGAGGAGGAGAUUCAGAAGCAGAAGAUGAAGAUGAAGAGGAGGGGAAAGGUUGGUUCCGAGCCUGGCCAGGAGGCUCGGCUAGGUGUGGCUGCUCCAGGUGUGGCUGAGGAUGGUGGGGUCGGAGCUGGUGGGAGUGGGACGGGUGAGACUGGGGCGGGUGAGACUGGGGCGGAGAGCAAUUUCAGCGGAGAGAAGCUCGAUUUGAGGCUGGUGAGGGCGGUGAAGGAGGAGAGGUGUUUGGAUGGGUGGGAGGGGUGGAGCCGGGAGGACAGAGAGGUGGAGAACGGUGGUGGUAGAAGAAGAGGCAGGGAGAGAGGGAAAAGGAGAACUGGGAAAGAAAUUGAGAAGGAAAGAGAGGGGGUAAGAGAGAAGGAAGGGGAUGGCACAACAACCAUUGGUGCCUCUCAAACUCAACAGCAGCAGCAGCAGCAGCAGCAGCAGCAGCAGCAGCAGCAGCAGCAGCAGCAGCAGCAGCAGCAGCAGCAGCAGCAGCAGCAGCAGCAGCAGCAGCAGCAGCAGCAGCAGCAGCAGCAGCAGCAGCAGCAGCAGCAGCAGCAGCAGCAGCAGCAGCAGCAGCAGCAGCAGCAGCAGCAGCAGCAGCAGCAGCAGCAGCAGCAGCAGCAGCAGCAGCAGCAGCAGCAGCAGCAGCAGCAGCAGCAGCAGCAGCAGCAGCAGCAGCAGCAGCAGCAGCAGCAGCAGCAGCAGCAGCAGCAGCAGCAGCAGCAGCAGUUGCCUGCAAGCAACAGAGCGUGGGGCGGCCUCUGGGGUUGGCUGGGAGGAAGUCGUGAGGCUUCCAGUGUAGAUGAGGACCAAGGGCAGGCUGACAGCAGUGGCACGGCGACUGGUGGUGCUGAUAGGGGUGGUGGUGGUGGGGAGGCCCGGGGUACAGAUGCUAUAGCCACGGAGAGCAGUGGCAGGGUGACUAGGGGCCACGAAGCUGAACGGGAGGUUGGUGGUGAUGAUGAGAGUAGUAGGGAUCUUUCCCCACCGCUUCCCCGGCGCUGGUUCGUCCUUCUCGAUGCUGCCAAAGCUGCUGCCUCGGACCCUCCGGACCUCUCGCAUUGCCCUGCUGAUUUCGUCGCAAUCUCCUUUUACAAGAUUUUUGGAUUCCCUACAGGCCUCGGAGCCCUUAUCAUCCGGCGAGAUUCCGCUUGCAUCCUCCGCAAGCCCUACUUCAGUGGAGGCACCGUGGCAGCAGUGCUUGCAGACUCUGACUUUGUCUCUCUGCGCCCAUCUUUAGAAGCACAGUGGGAGGACGGCACCCUCCCCUUCCUCCAGUUGGCAGCUGAGCUCCCUCCGGGCCUCGCCUUGGUCUCGCGCCUAACCUUCUCUGCCAUCCAACGCCACGUCUCCUCUCUCGCCCUCUUCACCGCCUCUCGCCUCCUCUCCCUUCGCCACUGCAACGGGCAACGCGUCUGCAUCGUAGGAAGGAGAGCCAGCAUGGAAGCAGCAGGGGGGAGGUGGGGAGAAGCAGCAGGGGGAGGUGGGGAGAAGCAGCAGGGGGGAGGUGGGGAGAAGCAGCAAAGGGCAGUGUUGAAGCAGGAAGAGGGGAAUCGGCAGAGACGAGCGGAGGGACGAGAGGCAGUGUGGAAGCAGCAGGGGGGAGUGGUGGCGUUUAACCUGAAGCGCAGCGAUGGGUCGUGGGUGGGGCACAAGGAGGUGGAGAAGCUAGCAGCUAUUCACAGCAUUCAUCUCAGAACUGGCUGUUUCUGCAACCCGGGCGCCUGCUCCAAACACUUGCAUCUGUCUCAUGCCCACCUCCGCCAAAACUACGAGGCGGGGCAUGUCUGCUGGGACGACAAUGACGUGAUUGGCGGGCGGCCGACUGGCGCCGUGCGAAUCUCCUUUGGACACCUGUCAACCAUUGAUGACGUGGAGGAGGAGCCUGCGCACGCAAAUGUGACUGCACCAAGCGUGACUAAAGAGAAUCGUCCGCAAGCAGAUGUUCCUGCACGGAGUGUGACUGUAGAGGGGCUGUUUGUGUAUCCGAUCAAGUCGUGUGCCCCCAUGCGAGUUGAAGCAUGGCCAAUCGGACCCACUGGUCUGCUGUAUGACCGGGAAUGGCUCAUCGUCAACCCCAUGGGCACACCAUUGCGAGCCAACAGGGCCCCUUCCCUCUACCGCCUCCAACCCUCCAUCGACCUCACCUCUCGCCUCCUCUCCAUCCACCUCAGUCCCCAGGGCUCUCCGCCUGUCCGGUCUCCCCUCCUAUUGCCCAUUGACACGUGGCCUGAUGCCAGGCUGGACGGGGUGCGCGUGUGUGGUGACAGGAGUGCUUCCUCCUCGUCGCUUGGGCCUCAUGCUGCCCCGCUUCCCUGCUGCCCGGCCGAUUGGAGCCUGAGGCUCGGUAACUCUGCCAAACCUAAUGGUCUGGGCUCAGGCUCGGGAACGGUCCGAGCUGAUCCAGCACAAGCAGUAGCAGCAGCUGCCACGUCAGCAGGGUUCUCUCAGGCUGCUGAUGUGGACAGAAAUGCGGAAGCAGAUGCCUCGUGGGCAUUGCGGUUUCGGCCCAACAUCGUGGUGGGUGGUGCUGACGUGGCGCCGUACGAUGAGGACAGGUGGAAGCAGCUGGUUCGUCAAGACGUCUCCUUUGAGUCCCUUGCUCCCUGCAGCAGGAACAGCAAGAAGCUUCAAGGAAGGAAGCUUCGCGUCGCCGUUAUUGGAGGCGGCCCGGCGGGUGGGUGCGCGGCGGAGACGCUGGCGGAGAACGGCAUCGAGACGUUCCUCAUCGAGCGCAAGCUCGACAACGCCAAGCCGUGCGGUGGCGCCAUCCCCCUCUGCAUGGUCGACGAAUUCCAGCUGCCCCAGGAGAUCAUCGACAGGCGCGUGACCAAGAUGAAGAUGAUUUCCCCCUCCAACGUCGAAGUCGACGUGGGUCGCACGCUCGGCAAGGAGGAGUACAUCGGCAUGGUGCGCCGCGAGGUGCUCGACGCUUUCCUGCGCAACCGCGCGCAGUCGUACGGCGCGACGGUGAUCAACGGGCUGUAUCUGCGGAUGGACGUGCCCAAGGAUGACGACAGCCCCUACGUCAUCCACUACUCCGACUACGCUGGGGAUGCUAAGGUCGGCGUGCCCAAGACUCUGGAGGUUGACGCCGUGAUUGGCGCUGACGGCGCCAACAGCAGGGUGGCCAAGGACAUUGACGCGGGCGAGUACGACUACGCCAUUGCGUUCCAGGAGCGCAUCCGCCUGCCCGAGGACAAGAUGCAGUACUAUGAGGACCUCGCGGAGAUGUACGUGGGUGAUGACGUGUCGCCCGACUUCUACGGCUGGGUGUUCCCCAAGUGCGACCACGUGGCUGUGGGCACUGGCACCGUCAUCAACAAGCCCGCCAUCAAGCAAUACCAGACCGCCACCAGGAACCGCGCCAAGGACAAGAUCGAGGGAGGCAAGAUCAUCCGUGUGGAGGCUCACCCCAUUCCCGAGCACCCCCGCCCCCGCCGGACCUCCAACCGCGUGGCUCUCGUUGGCGAUGCUGCUGGCUACGUCACCAAGUGCUCAGGCGAGGGCAUCUACUUCGCUGCCAAGUCGGGGCGCAUGGCAGCAGAGGCGAUCGCAGAGGGGUCUGAGAAGGGCACACGCAUGAUCGAUGAGUCUGACCUGCGUGUGUACCUGGACAAGUGGGACAAGAAGUACUGGGCAACCUACAAGGUGCUGGACAUUCUCCAGAAGGUGUUUUACCGCUCCAACCCCGCGCGCGAGGCGUUUGUGGAGAUGUGUGCGGACGAUUACGUGCAGAAGAUGACGUUCGAUAGCUACCUCUACAAGACAGUCGUGCCCGGCAACCCCCUUGAUGACCUCAAGCUGGCCGUCAACACCAUCGGCAGCCUCAUUCGGGCUGCGCACAACCCCAAGAAUGGGUGUUGCUACGCAGACGACCAGUCUAUCUUCCGAGAGCCAUCAAUCUUACACCUCGUUUCAGACAAUACCUGUUACCUCAGACCCAGGGCACUACAGGCGUGCCGCCGUGCCUAUACUGCCAGCAUCGUCAGUGACGGCGGGUGUUCGCACGGGGGCUCUUCCGAGUGGCACACGGGCCUGUGGGACUGCUUCGGAAACGAUUACCCAGCGAACAGCAACGAUUGCGACAUCUGCUGCCUGGGUUUCUGGUGCCCGUGUGUGCUAUUCGGCAUCAACCGGGAAAUGCUAACAGGCAACGAGAGCGAGUGCUGUGGCUGCUGCUGCGCCUACUUUCUCGUGUGUUGUUAUGUCCCAAUUGUGGACAUUGGUGUUAAUUGUCAACUUGGGUACGCUCCUGCUGCUGCGGCGUUCUCUCUGCUCGCGUUGUUCACAUCGCUUACACGAACAAAGAUCAGAAACAGAUACGGCAUUCAGAGUGAGGCGAGAUUUCUAUUCAGGGAUCCGCAUCCAGUCUGCGAGAGGGUGUGUGAUUGCUCCAUCCACACCUUCUGCCUGGGGUGUGCUCUUUGCCAGGAGUCUCGGGAGCUUAUGCGUAGAACAACUGCUGGAAAGGGAAGGUUUCCCUUGGAGAAGCCUACUGUAGCUCCAUUAACACAGACAAUGACAAGUCUGUUGUUUUCUUGA